AUGGACCAGAACAACAGUAGCAGUGACGUUGCAAAAAAGGAUGCCGAGAUCCUCCUAUCCGUUCAAGAUCCAGAUGAUGGCAGCCUUCUUGGGAUCAAAUCAAAGAAAGUCCAUGAAGUGGACAACUCAGACCCGGCCAUAGUGAAUGUAAAGCCUUUCUUGCAUGGUCCUGUUCUGGUCAAGGCGGAGAUGGAGCAGACGCUGCCACUUCUCAGCCCGACAUCCAGCCUAGGACCAGAUCUGCCUAACAAGCUCUUCGAUUUCACCAGUGGACACAACCUGACCCGUCCCUCUUCUGUUCGACCUGCCAAAAAAGAAAUGGAUGCUGCUUCUUCCUGGGAUGGUAAGCAACCGCUUAUCAGUUUCUUUGAUGAUUCUCUGCUGAGCUCGCCUGUCAUCAUCGAGCCAAAGGUGCAUGAUAGCAUUCACAUCUCUCGACAACUCAUCCUCAAACAAGUUAUGGAUAAACUUAAACUCAAAGUGCAUGGCUCUGGAUAUGACUCUGCCCUCCAAGGCCUUGGCAUGGAGACAGCGUGGAUGGAUGUUGAUCUGCCAUGUGGCAACAAGCCCGAGGCAGAUUCAUCCACUAUCAUCUUUGGCAGCCCAAAACCUUCUUACAUUGAAGCUGAUGAAAGUGCAUGCGAGGCAGUGCUGAAUUACUAUUGCAAUGCUAGAGAUGUGAGCAUAGAUGACUUUAGUCACAGUGUUCUCAAGAUGAAACAAGAGAAGUUGGAUGCAAGCAAUUUUUUCAGUGCUGCAAUGCAAGAUAAAGUGGUCCGCCUGGUUCUGGAAAGGGAUGCUGCUUUGGCUCUUCUUCAGAAGCACAAUGAAACCUGUGAUCUGAAGAUGCAACCUUUGAGUGAGGCAUUCAUCAAAAAGAAACAAGAUCAUCUCAACAAUGAUUGCUUCUAUGAGAUUCUGCAAGACAAAAUCACUAAUCUACUUGAAGAUCAUAAUGUUCAGAAAAAGCGCUACACCAGCCUCAUCAAUGGACUGAUCUCCAUUUGUGACAGCUUUGGUGAUCUGCUACCAGUCAAGGCGAUUCAUGGUGAGCAGAACAUCUCUGACCACCCAGAAACUGGAUUCAUCUUCACUGGCAACAAGAGCAACCCCUCUCGCCCUGCUGCUAUUCGUGCGAUUAAAUAA